GUCAUUGUCAUCAGCAACAUAUCGGUGUCACCAUGGCGACAGUUAGCAACGCGUGUGUUUUGAAGUUGCGUUUUCGGCGACGAUCAUGUAACCAUCUUGGACGUGCACUUUCCAAAGGUUCACAUCGCUUUCAACGAUGCGAGCUGUCGCGCUCUGGGUGGACAAAGUCCAUGACCGUGAGAACAACGAGCAAUGCAUAUACGAUCUGGUCUUCAAGCCGGAUGGCAGCCAACUCAUAGUCGCAGCCGGCACGCGGGUCCUUGUGUACGACACGUCAGAUGGUGCGCUCGUCCAGCCACUGAAAGGCCACAAGGACAGCGUCUACUGCGUCUCUUAUGCCAGAGACGGCAAACGUUUCGCGUCUGGAAGUGCCGACAAGCAGGUCAUCAUCUGGACGGCGAGCCUGGAGGGCAUUCUCAAGUAUUCACACCACGACUCCGUUCAGUGCCUUACUUACAAUCCUCUCACCCACACACUUGUCAGCUGCUCUUGCUCCGAUUUUGGGCUCUGGUCUUCAGAGCAAAAGUCGGUCUCCAAACACCGCACCAGCGGAAGAGUUACCAGUGCAAGCUGGAACCCGGAUGGCCAGUUCUUGGCACUUGGACUCGCGACUGGCAGUGUCACCAUCCGUGGAAGGUCUGGUGAAGAAGUUGUGCGCAUUGACAGACCUGGUGGACCAAAGGCGGCAGUUUGGGGCGUCUGCUGGAACCCUGUGAAGGAGGAAGGUGUUGGAGACGUCCUUGCCGUGGCUGACUGGGCACAGACGCUCAGCUUCUACAACGUGGCCGGCCAGCAGACUGGCCGCGAGCGAGCCUUGGGCUUUGACCCAACAUUUGUCAGCUACUUCCCCGGUGGCGAGUACCUCGUGGUGGGUGGCUCGUGCCGUGAGGCUCGCGUUUACACCCGAGAUGGCAUCUGCGUAGGACCUGCCUCUCAGCAAGCCUCAUGGGUGUGGUGCUGUCAAGCGCGCCCGGAUGCCAGCCACCUGGCUCUGGGCUGUCAAGAUGGCACGAUUGCCUACUUCGAGCUGGGCUUCUCCACAGUGCACAGCUUGUACCGCGAACGGUAUGCCUACAGAGACAACAUGACAGACGUCAUCAUUCAGCACCUCGUAACAGACGAAAAAGUGCGAAUCAAGUGUCGUGACCUGGUCAAGAAAUUGGCGAUCUACAGGCACCGACUUGCGGUCCAGCUGCCUGAACGAAUCAUGGUGUACGAGCUGAGUACCGAGGCCUCUGACGUUAACGACAUGCACUACAGACUGCGAGACAAGAUCGUCCGCAAGGUGGAGUGCACGCUGCUGGUCGUCUGCUCUGAGCACCUUGUUCUUUGCCAGGAACGGCGGCUGCAGUGCCUGCGUCUCCGUGGUGGUGCCUGUGAACGGGAGUGGGUCCUGUCGUCGGCGAUUCGCUACAUCCGUGCUCUCGGUGGCCCCGUUGGCCGUGAGGGCCUCCUGGUUGGCCUGCGGGAUGGGCAGGUGCUGCAGCUGCUAUUGGACAACCCCUUCCCGCUUUUCCUCGUCAAGGUGACAAGCCCUGUGCGUUGCCUCGACCUCAGUGCAGAUCGCACACGCCUCGCAGUUGUGGAUGAGAAAGGCACCUGCCUUGUCUACCAGCUGGCCUCAAGGCAGCUGCUCUUCCAGGAACCCAAUGCCAACAGCGUGGCAUGGAACACCGAGAACGCUGAGCUUCUCUGCUUCACUGGCAGUGGCACGCUCGCCGUCAAGGCUGGAGAGUUCCCCGUGCUGAGACAGAAACUGGAGGGCUUUGUGGUUGGCUUUGGGGGGUGCAAGCUCUUCUGCCUCCAGCACAACAGCGUUACCACUGUCGAAGUUCCCCUGUCACCAUGCCUUUACCAGUACAUUGAGAAAAACCGCUUCAGGGAGGCCCUAACCAUUGCCUGCUUGGGGGUGCCCGAGGAGGACUGGCGAUACCUGGCCAAGGAGGCACUGGAAGCCCUCGACCUGGCUGUGGCCAAGCGGGCAGCCGUGCGUCUCGGGGACCCCGCCUUGCUCCGCUUGGUGCGCUCGCUCCAGGAUCAAGAGGCCCGUGGCGAGAAACGAGAAUCCCUGCUCGGAGACGUGAUCGCCCAGCAAGGCCGGUUUGCAGAAGCCGCCAGGCUGUACAAGAAAGCUGGCCGCAACUCCAAGGCUGUGGACAUGUACACGGACCUGCGCAUGUUUGAUCUUGCUCAGGAGUACCUCGGCUCAGAUGAGACCCUGGACACGCGUCAGCUGAUGCUCAAGAAGGCCGAAUGGGCUCGUAGCAUCAACGAUCCCAAGGCAGCUGCAGACUUUUACCUCCUGGCCGGUGAACCUCUGAAAGCAGUUGAGAUUGCAGGAAAACAGGGCUGGACUAACAUACUCGUUGAUCUAUCCCAGAGGCUGGACAAACGCGAGAAGGAGGCUCUUGCCACGUGUGCUCGGUUGCUGGUGGACCAGAAGCAGCAUAUGGCCGCUGCCGACGCUUUCCGAAGAAUUGGUGAUACCGAAAGCUUGGUAAAGCUCCACGUUGAUGCAGGCCAGUGGGACGAGGCAUUCGCAGCUGUAGGGCAGAAUGCUGAGCUUCGUGCCAAGAUUUGUGGUGACUAUGCAAACUGGCUGGCAGAGAAUGACCGUUUCGUUGACGCACAAAAAGCAUUCUAUGAGGCUGGUCGACAGGACGAGGCACUAAACGUACUGGAGCGCCUGACUCAGUACGCCGUUGACGAGUGCCGAUUUCGUGAUGCUGGCUACUACUACUGGCUACUCUCUAGGCAGAUCCUAGAGUCUGCAAGCAGGGAGAGUGAUGCUGCUAGCAGAGAAGCACUGAUAAGCCGUUCAGCCAAGCUUCAGGAUCUAGCUGACGUCUACUACAUUUACCACAAUGUUCACCGCUAUAUUGAAGAACCUUUCACGGCAUACCUGCCUGAAGCACUGUUCAACAUGUCCCGUUAUCUGUUCCAUGAGCUCAUGAAUCAGUCCAUACGUGGAGUUUCACUGGUCGGUGUGCUUUACGCGCUGUCAAAGCAGAGCCGUAACCUCGGUGCGCACCGACUUGCCCGACACUGCUACGAACGGCUCCAGAACCUCCAUGUGCCCAUCCGGUUCCGGGACACACUGGACCUCGCUGCACUGACCGUUCGGUCAAAGCCCUUCAGUGACGCCCAGGACCUGCUGCCACUAUGCUAUCGCUGUUCCUCGACCAAUCCACUCAUCAACCCACGUGGACGUUGCUGCGUGAACUGUAACCAGCCAUUUGUCCACUCUUUCAUUGCAUUCGAGGUCCUUCCCUUGGUAGAAUUCAAACUGGCCGAGGGUAUCACAGACACCGAAGCACUGGAGAUCCUUGAAGGCAAGGCCAGGGUGACAAAAGAACAGAAGAAAAGCCGGCCAGAGUCACCAAGCCGCCAGAUCAUCAAUGGAUUUGAGACGCUGCAGAUAAACCACAGUGAUGCUGCGGACGAAGACCCUUUCGCUUUCCAGUUUUCAAACUUGGAGGAACCAGAUGAAGGGGCUGGUGGCCUGCCGGUAAUUCUGGAUCGUGAAGCACUGGCCACACUGGGACCUCGUGAUGUUGUUGUCUGCCAACAACCUGCGCCUCUGCGCUGCCGCUUCUACCGGAAUGUUGUUCCAGAUGUCGUCGUCGUGUCAUGUCCAAGUUGUGCCAAGGUGUUUCACGGCGAUGACUUCGAGAUGCACACCCUCCAGACCAAUGCCUGCCCAUUCUGCAGAACGAAACUCGAGGAUGGCGGUGCCUAAAAAGUUUGAAUAGGAGCACUGUUGCUACUGGGCUGGGCUAGUGGACAAGGACCAGUGGACCAGGACCGGUCAAGUUCACGUGGUGGCUGAGCAUUCAUGGCAUCUUGCUGCUGAGCCCAAGGUCGUGGUUUCUAUUCCAAGUCACAGUGACCACAUUGUGAUCGUGGCAGGGUCCAAAGCUACUUCUGCAUAUAGCUGUAGAUGCACAAUUGAAGAAGCCCGGCUGAUGGAAAUCAAUCUGGAGCCUAUGAUGUCUAUUGUAGCACCUGUCGCCUUGGGGUGUUAAAACAUGCAAUCAGUUGCAUGCUCAGCCCAUCGAUCAAUUUUAUCAGAUAAUCUAUUUAAAAUUCAUGCAGUUUAAAACUGAACUUGUGUACUCAAUUUGCACAAAAAUCUUGAGCCUUAAGCAACUGAAAAUUUAGAAUUUAACAACUGUGCACUUAUUUUUUAGUGUAAUAAUUUUUGCGUUUAUCUCCUCCUACUAACAAAGUUUGUGAUCUGCUAAAUGUGUUUCCUAGGAUGAUGUGUAUUUAUUUAUUUAUUUAUUUAUUUAUUUAUUUAUUUAUUUAUGGCAACUGCAACAGCAAAGGUAUUUUACUUAUCUUUGUUAAUAGUGUUAAACUACAGAACAUUUUAUUUUCGUGUGCCUGAUGUUUCUUUUGUGAUGGGGCAAAUGCAAAAUGUUCUGGUGAACUUACCUCGUAGGAGGAACGAGAAAAAUCACUCAAAACAUUCUCGCCUGCCUCUGCUUGAUGACCCACAGUCUUGUGCAUUCCACAGCUGUCACUUUUGUACCCAUGCUGUUAGCAAUUGAUGCUGCAGACUUGCAGAGUAAACUUGA